AAACAGGCCCCACCUGUUAUAACCAGCUCUGCAUAACUUUGUAUAAGUUACUAUAUGGCUCUGGAACUCAGAUCUUCAACUGAAAAAUGGCAACCCAAGGCUCUGGCGGUGCCCUGGGGAAAAGCGGCUGUGAGGUGCUUUCUAAGCUGGUGACUGCCGUAGCUUGCAUUUGGGUUGCUUGCUAUGCCUUUGGAUGAGCCUCCCAGCAAGAGAUGAAGUAGGGGUUGCGUUCUUCCCCAUUUUUUAAGCCCAAAUCCCUAGGCUAUCAGGUCUCAGAGUAAGGAGUGGGACCUAAGCCUUCUCAUGCCCAGCAUGGUGGCCCAUCUGGUUCCCUCCAGACACUGGAGUGAGCUGGCACUUGGGUAUGCAUCAGUGGUCUUCAGUGGUCACCUGGCACCUGGGCCAGAAACUCCCUCUAAGAUUUAUGGGCUGGGGGAGUGUGAGAGGUCCUCUGCUAAUUUAAAUAUCUAGCAGCUUGGUCCAGUAAAAAAAGCUCAUGCCAAUCUAUUUUGAUAUGCAGAUGAGACCAUUGUGAUAAAAGACAACAUGCAAAUCUUUGAUUUCCUUUUAGCUCUGAAGAUUGGGCCAAAGGGACUUGAGAGUGAUCUGACAGGCUUCCCUGAACCUAUGGCAUUGAACUGUGCUGCUGUAUUAUUUGGAGGUGGACUGGGAAUAUGCAAAUUACCUUGUUGCUGUACUUCGCUGGGCCACCAGAACCAGACUUGGCAAUAAUCCGUGUGACCUCCUGGGUCUGAUUGGACGUAGCUAAACAACCUGACAGAGGCUCCUGGGAGGGAUCAGGAUCUGCAAAACAGCCCAGAAGCACAAAGCCCGGCAGAAGGGACUUACUGAGCCACCCCGUGCUGUACUCCAUGUUGACUGUGCUCUCAGGCCGGCGCCAUGCCCCCCCCUGCAGAGGUGACAGACCCGUCCCAUGCCCCUGCUGUCCUGCGCCAGCUCAAUGAGCAGCGGCUUCGUGGACUCUUCUGUGACGUCACCCUCAUAGCCGGAGACACCAAGUUCCCUGCUCACCGCAGUGUCCUGGCUGCUUCUAGUCCCUUCUUCAGAGAGGCCCUGCUUGCUUCAGCCCCACUGCCCCUCCCACCAGUUACUGGGGGCUUGACUCCCAACCCUGCUGCCACCACAGCUGCCUCUUCUUCCUCCUCCUCCUCCUCCUCUUCAUCCUCCUCCUCCUCCUCCUCCUCAUCCUCUUCUUCCUCUUCCUCCUCCUCUCCCCCUCCAGCCUCUCCCUCUGCUUCAUCCCCACCCCGGGUCCUGGAGCUGCCAGGGGUCCCAGCAGCUGCCUUCUCUGAUGUCCUCAACUUCAUCUAUAGUGCCCGGCUUGCACUACCUGGCGGCGGAGGGGACGGGGCAGCUGUGGCAGAGAUUGGAGCUCUGGGGCGGCGUCUGGGCAUCUCCCGCCUGCAAGGCCUGGGGGAGGGAGGCGAUGCCUGGGUACCUCCUGCCCCAGUCCCCAUGGCCACCUCACAGCCUGAAGAGGACAGCUUUGGGCCUGGGCCUAGGCCAGCUGGGGAGUGGGAGGGUGACAGGGCCGAGGCCCAAGCCCCUGACUCGCAGCCCCCCCUGCCCCGGCGGCCCCUCCCCUGCCCCCGAUGUGGAAAAAGCUUCAUCCAUCCCAAGCGGCUGCAGACCCAUGAGGCCCAAUGCCAACGAGGGGGCAGUACUCGGGGGUCUGCAGGGCUGGGAGCUGGGGGCUCUGGCCCUGGUGGUCCUGCGGGAGUGGACGCCUCAGCCGUGCCCCCACCAGUGGGCUUCCGAGGUGGCCCUGAGCACGUGGUGAAGGUGGUGGGCGGCCACGUUCUGUAUGUGUGCGCGGCCUGCGAGCGCUCCUACGUGACGCUGUCCAGCCUGAAGCGGCACAGCAACGUACACUCGUGGCGGAGGAAGUACCCCUGCCGCUACUGCGAGAAGGUGUUCGCCCUGGCUGAGUACCGCACCAAGCAUGAGGUGUGGCACACCGGGGAGCGCAGGUAUCAGUGCAUCUUCUGCUGGGAGACCUUUGUCACUUACUAUAACCUGAAGACCCACCAGCGAGCCUUCCAUGGCAUUAGCCCGGGCCUACUAGCCAGUGAGAAGACACCCAAUGGAGGCUACAAGCCCAAGCUCAACACCCUUAAGCUGUACCGCCUGCUCCCCAUGCGGGCAGCCAAGCGGCCCUACAAGACCUACAGCCAGGGAGCCCCCGAGGCCCCCCUUUCUCCAAACCUCAACACACCGGCCCCUGCAGCAAUGCCAGCCAGCCCACCACCUGGACCCCCACCUGCCCCAGAGCCUGGACCCCCACCCUCUGUCAUCACUUUUGCUCACCCAGCUCCCUCUGUCAUUGUCCAUGGGGGCAGUAGCAAUGGUGGAGCAGGGAGUGGGGCGGCCAACACAGGAGGGUCCCAGGCUGCCUCGGUCAUCACUUACACUGCUCCCCCAAGGCCCCCCAAGAAACGAGAGUACCCACCUCCUCCCCCUGAGCCUGUAGCCACACCCACCAGCCCAGCCACAGCUGUCAGCCCAGCCACGGCCGCAGGGCCGGCCACGGCCAUGGAGGAGGCCAAGGGCCGAAAUCCACGGGCUGGGAGGACUCUGACUUACACCGCCAAGCCAGUGGGUGGGAUUGGUGGCAGUGGGGGUACCCCCGCAGGGCCUGGCCGGGGCCCCUCUCAGCUACAGGCUCCACCUCCACUGUGUCAGAUCACUGUGCGAAUCGGGGAGGAGGCCAUUGUCAAGCGCCGUAUCUCAGAAACUGACCUGCAUCCUGGGGAGUUGAGCGGAGAGGAGGUGGAGGAGAGUGAGGAGGAAGAUGAAGAGGAGGAAGACGAGGAAGAGGAAGAGGAGGACGAGGAGGAGUCAAAGGCUGGUGGGGAGGACCAGCUCUGGAGGCCGUACUACUCAUACAAGCCUAAACGCAAGUCUGGAGCUGCUGGUGGUGCUGGCAAUGGGAGCAGUGGGAUGCCUCGGGGCCGCCGGCCACCACGCUGGAGGCAGAAGCUGGAACGGAGGAGCUGGGAGGAGACCCCAGCGGCCGAGGGCCCAGCAGGGCGUGCCCGUGGUGAGCGGAGGCACCGCUGCGGGGACUGUGCCCAGACCUUUGCCACCCUGAGGAAGCUGCACAAGCACCAGGAGGCCCACAGUGGGGGCUCCCACAGCUCCCGGGCUGGAAGGAGGCCUUCCACCCGCUUCACCUGCCCCCACUGCGCCAAGGUGUGCAAGACAGCAGCUGCCCUGAGCCGCCAUGGGCAGAGGCACACUGCUGAGCGGCCCGGGGGCACCCCCACACCUGUCAUUGCCUAUUCCAAAGGCAGCACUGGCACCAGGCCCGGGGAGGUCAAAGAAGAGGCCCCCCAAGAGAUGCAAGUCUCCUCAUCCAGUGGGGAGGCAGGCGGCGGGAGUGCUGCUGCUGAGGAAGCUUCUGAGACCGCCUCACUCCAGGACCCUGUCAUCUCAGGGGGUGAGGAGCCCCAGGCGGUGGCAGGGGGAUGCAGCUACGCAUACCCGCCUAUGCAGGAGUUCCCACUAGCCCUGAUUGGGGGCAGCCGGGAACCUGGUGGUAGCAGGGGAAAACCUGGGGGUGAGGGGCCAGUGGGUGCUGGGGAGGGGGACCGGAUGGAGGGGAUGGGGGCUGCCAAAGUCACCUUUUACCCUGAGCCCUACCCGCUCGUCUACGGCCCCCAGCUCCUUGCCGCCUAUCCUUACAACUUCAGCAACUUGGCUGCUCUUCCAGUUGCUCUCAACAUGGUCCUACCUGAUGAGAAGGGUGGGGGGGCCCUUCCCUUCCUACCAGGGGUCUUUGGCUACACAGUGAAUCCUCAAGCAGCACCCCCUACCCCCCCGACUCCACCCCCCCCAACUCUUCCUCCACCAGUUCCCCCUAAGGGAGAAGGGGAAAGGGCAGGGGUUGAGAGAACCCAGAAGGGAGAUGUAGGGUGAGCUCUGAGGCCAGAUCCCCCUUUCACCAGAUGCUACCCUCCCUGAACCCCUACCACUACCAGCUCCCUGGCCUCCCUGCCCCUUGGGAGCCCCUCCACACUCCUGUGCAGGGACUUGGGGGGCCCUGGAGCUCAGGGGUCAGGCUGCUUUGUGUGAGAUUGUAGUUUUCCCAUCUCCUGGGAAGGGAUCUUUGGUGGUUCCCCUCUCAAUCUUCCUCUGGGGAAUGGCCUCCGUGAGGGGCAGGGCCAACUCCCAUCCCGUCUCCAGCCCUUGGGGCAACUGAGCAAUAUACUUAUCUGAAUCUCUACUCAUGACCCCACCAGCUCUGAAUGUCUAACCUGCUCCCCUGAUUCAUAAACCUAGGGGGAAACCAUCUCUCUCACCUAAUAAUCCCCCCUCGUUCUGAAACUUUCUCUAAGCCCUUCCCCAGAUGCUUCCUAGCACAUUCCAUUCUUUGUGGCCCAGGGCCUGGACCAGACCAUUGUGAUCCCUGACCCCACUGACCUGGGAGCAUGGCUUUGGAUUCCGUUCUUCCCAAGGGUGGGUUUCUAUGUCCCUGUUUCCUUCAUGUUAAGAUGCCAUGCCUUCCUUGGCUUCCAUGCCUUUGGAUCUUCCGUAUUCCUCCCCAUACUCCUAGACUUUGGAGGUGGCCUCUCCCAAUCCAGGUCCGGGAGGCGCUGGGGGGAGGGCUACCCCUCCGUUCCAUGGCUGAGCAUUUUCCCAGCCCAGGGCAGGGAAAUCUUGGCCCUAUCUUGACCCCCUCAAAUCCAGUGAGCCCUAGAUUCUUCCAAGGCAAUAGAGGUGAUUAGAUCACACCUCUUCCUGCCUCUACACAUGGCCUCUUCUGGGCUAAACCAGAUUUGGGGGCAAGGAGGGAAGAGCUCCAGGGAUGGAAAAGGGAACCUACUUUCUCCUUGUUUUUUGCCUGAUGGUUUCUCCCAGACCAGACCAAAUAGCCAGAAAAAUGAUGUGGUUUGGAUGGGUGGAUAAGCCCAAGAUUUGCACAUGACCUUCCAUCCUUACCUUUACCCCCAUCUUCCCCAGUGUCGCUUCCCUCACUGAUCACUCCAGAUGGUUUUGGGGGAACCAUCUUACUCUCCUGGUGGGCUUUGGGGUAUCCCCACCAACUUUCCCUCCAAAGUAGCACCUUACACCCCAUCUUUGACUCAGUUCCCCACACCCAAAGAUCCCAGCCUAGGAUGGGGUGCAGGGACCCUAAGUAGUCCCUAAUCCCUAAUUUGCACUAGUUAACCCUGGUCAGGGGUCCCUAUGUUUCCUUCCAGUGGGGGAGAUGAAGAAAUGUUUGCUCCUAAUUCUCUUUUAAAACUGGGCCUCCCUGCUCUGUGAUUGGAUGAACAUUUCCCAUCCCACCCACCUCCUCCUCAAGGAAAAAAAAAAAAACCAGCUCACAAGGGGAGAGCCAGUUUGGGGGAGCAAAUCUGACAAAUGGGAAUUAGAGGAGUGAAGUUUUAAAAGGGAAAUGUUGCUGUCAUCAAAAUGGCAGCCUUUCCCCAGCUACUGUUUUUUGGGGCCAAGAUGGCUGCCCUCUCAGCAAUGGCAGAGAGGGCAAGAUCACGGCUUUUGGAGGGAGGUGAGUUUGGGGGAGGGCCAGGAGCAUCCUCCUUCCCCCUGUUACCCUCAACGUAUAGGAAGGGGGAGGUUUUCGACAGGCUCCCUGAAUGUUAACCACGGAGGAGUCACUCCUUCAUUCCUCCUCUGUCUCUUUGCACUUUUCUUGGUCUUGGCCACAACCCGAGUGAAGAAUUUCCUACUGAAUGUACCAAGUUCCAAUUUUUAAAGGGGGAAAAAGUUUCAAACAGGGAAAAAAAUGAAAAAAAAUCACUAAAAAUUCCCACAAAUCUUGUUUCUGGCACUUUAGAAAAACUGCGAAAAGAUACAUAAUAAAGAAUACAUAUAUAUAUCUACACACAAAUUAUAUAUAUCUAUGUAUACAGCGGAACCACAAGAGAGACUGAGGAAGGCCUGGAGGCAGGGGACAGGUGUGGUGACAGUCCCCUAUAUCCUUAACCUGUACUCCUCUGAGGCAAACAGGCAUAGGAGAAUGGAAGGGGCUGAGAUGGACCUGGGAAUUUGAUUUUCAGAAUAGUUCAAAAUUCCAAAAUCAUGGACAUUUUGGGAGAGUUGAGAUUGUAGGCAUUUAUUUUUUUGAAAAUAUGAUUAAGGAAAAUAGCUUCCAGAAUUUGGUGGCUCUGGGCAACAAAUGAGAUUGUGGCAAAAUGGAGAUUAAAAUAUAUGUAUUUGAGCUGGGGAUUUUGAAUACUGUGAGUUUCAGAUGCUGGAAAUUUGGGAUUUUGCAAUUUCGUCUUUUGAAAAUGGUCAAGUCUUGUCAGUUCGUGCCCUCUUUUCCCAUGUUCCCUGGGAGGAAGGGUGAUGGCAGAGUGGGAGGGCCACUGGUUCUGUGCCACAGCACGCAGGACUUAGAAUUCUACAGACUCUAGCUCUACACGUAGUGAGGACCCAGAUUUAAAGAAACUGGCCGAUAUUUAUCUCCGCAUUUGUGUGUGUGUCCAACUCUCUAGGCCAAUAAACCAACAAGACAACUGUGCUCCACA